GCUCGCUCGCUCGCUCUGUCUCUCUCUCUCUCUCCAUCCAUCAUGACUGAAUCCGGCGACUCCAGCACCCACCUCAACUCCUCCUCCCCUACCUCGCUCCACCGCCGCCGCCGCCGACGGCGCUGCCUCAUCUUGGGCGGCGCAUGCCUCCUCCUCCUCGUCGUCCUCGGAGUCGUCGCCCUCGUCCUCUACCUCACCCUCUUGAAGGCCCGCGACCCCACCAUAAAGCUCGUCGCCGCCCGCGUCGAAGGCGUCUCCCCCCGUGUCACCCUCCCUGCCUUCCACAUCGAACUCAACGUCACCCUCGAGCUCAUGGUCCUCGUCCACAACCCCAAUCGCGCCGCCUUCGACCACGCCGAGGGCGACACCGCCCUCCUCUACCGCGGUGCCCUGGUCGGGGACGCCGUUGUAGAGCCUGGCCGGAUCCCGCCGCGGGGGGACGCGUACGUGCAGCUCAAUCUCAGGGUCGAGGCCGACCGACUCGCGGCGAAGCUCUUGAGCCUGGUUGCGGACGUGGCCGCCGGUGAAGUGGCGUUCGAUACAUCGACGAGAAUCCCCGGUCGGGUCACCAUACUGGCUUUCAUCAAGCGCCACGCGGUGGCGUCCUCCGAGUGCCACGUGACCUUCGGGGUCCCAGACCUCAAGGUGAGGAACCAGGAGUGCCGCUACGAGACCAGUCUCUGAUCACCCGUCGGUGCCGGGACUCGCAUACGUCUUCCAUGUCUUCUGUGGAUACCGUCAUAUAGAGCGAUUCUUGCAUGCUUGACACCUACUCAUACGUGUAGAUGAUAGAUACUUAUAGAAAGACUCUGUACUUUUUUAUCAGCUUUGUACCACAGCCUUGCAUUCUUGUUUCUGAAUUCUCUACUCUUGGAGCUCUUCUAUUAUUAUAACAGUUUAGUAGUUUUUUAUUUUGAAA